AUGUCCGCCGCCGUUAAGACCGUCGAACUCACCGCCCGCACCGCGCUCGCGGGUAACUUCCGCAAGGCGACCGCGCCGCGCGCGGCCGCGAAGGCCAACGUGAACGUGGUGACCGAGGCGAAGGUUAAGGUUGCCAUCAACGGUUUCGGCCGCAUCGGCCGCAACUUCGUGCGAUGCUGGAAGAGCCGUGGCCCGGACUGCCCGCUCCAAGUCGUGUGCGUGAACCAAUCCGGCGGCGCCAAGCCGGCGGCGCACUUGCUCAAGUACGACUCCAUCUUGGGUACGUUCAAGUCUGACGUCAAGGUUGUCGACGACGCCACGAUCUCCGUCGAUGGUGACAUCAUCAAGGUUGUGUCCGAUCGCGACCCGCUCAACUUGCCGUGGAAGGAAAUGGGCAUCGACAUCGUCAUCGAAGGUACGGGCGUCUUCCUCGACGGCCCGGGCGCGGGCAAGCACAUCCAAGCCGGCGCCAAGAAGGUUGUUAUCACCGCCCCGGCCAAGGGCUCCGACAUCCCGACCUACGUCGUCGGUGUGAACGCCGACCAAUACGACAACUCUGCCAACAUUGUCUCCAACGCGUCGUGCACCACCAACUGCUUGGCGCCGUUCGCCAAGGUGAUCGACGACAAGUUCGGCAUCGUCAAGGGUACGAUGACCACCACGCACUCUUACACUGGUGAUCAACGCAUCUUGGAUGCGUCCCACCGUGACUUGCGCCGUGCUCGUGCCGCCGCCUUGAACAUCGUGCCGACCUCCACCGGUGCCGCCAAGGCUGUUGCGCUCGUCUUGCCGCAACUCAAGGGUAAGCUCAACGGUAUCGCGCUUCGCGUGCCGACGCCGAACGUGUCCGUCGUCGACCUCGUCGUCAACGUUGAGAAGAAGGGCGUCACCGCUGAAGAAGUCAACGCCGCGUUCAAGGAAGCGCAAGAUGGCCCGAUGAAGGGUGUUCUUGCGAUCACCGAUGUCCCGCUCGUGUCUGUCGAUUUCCGGUGCACCGACGUGUCCACCACCAUUGACGCGGCUCUCACCAUGGUGAUGGGCGAUGACAUGGUCAAGGUUGUCGCGUGGUAUGACAACGAAUGGGGUUACACCCAACGCGUCGUCGACCUCUCCCUCAUCGUCGCCAACGGCCUCAUCAACGAAGGUGUUGCCUCCGCCGACCCGAUGGACCAACUCUGCGCGGAUGAUCCCUCGGCGGACGAAUGCAAGGUGUUCGAUUAAACCAUUUUUUCGAUCAACUUCAUCGAGCGAUGUUGGCGAGUGGACGAGGCGUGAGACGUAAUUAUUACGUCGUUGCGCCCUUGAUUUCUCGCGCGAUUUACCAGCGUAUUAACACACACUUCUGUAAUCAGAAUCUAGAGACAGAUUUGAAAGAACC